AUGACUGGCUUUGCCAAAUUCGCCCUCUCAGUUCAAAGAGUUCGGGCCGCGAUCCACAGAAAGAAAGGUGCCAAGGACAAGCGUGGAGCCGAAUUCAGACUAGACCAUGCGGGUCUACCAUCUUCCUGCCCGUGGGACCUCCCCGUCGAGAUCCAAAUCCGUAUCUUCGCAUAUUGCGGCAUCACCGAUUUCCACCCUCUAAGACUUGUCUGCAAGGCUUUCUGUCAAUUGCUCACCUCUAACGAAUACGAAAUCGUCCGUCAGUACCUCCGCCUUCGUCGUCACGGUACCCUCCCUUCCCCAAUCGACGAUAACCGCAUUUACACCCGAAAUCCCGCGGACGAUGUCGUGCUCUUGUCGGACCUGUUCCCACCUUCGAAAAGCGCCCGCGGUGGGCAUCUCUAUACCUUCAAGUAUUUGCACGGGCUAAGGCGGCGGCAAAUGCUCUGCUCGAGACUUUGCUAUUACCUGGCGGAUCGCAUCCUCGAUCGUUUCGUUCAGACCGAGCCCGCGGUCAUGAAAGCCUCGUUUCCGGCAAAGCGCAAUGAGCGCAACGCCCUUGUCAAACAAGGCAUAGCUAGCAUACGGUUCCAUCUUGCACCACUUAUGUACUACACGCUUUACUUCCUCGAAUCCUACGCAUCCGCCAGGCGCGAACUUACGAAUAAGUUCGUGCAGGAAUACGAGGCAGGGAAAUUACCCGUGCCUUUUCCCCUCGAGAUCCGCCAGCGAAUGUACCGCGAGCUACAAACCCGCAUUCUCCAAAGCCCUCCUUUCACUAACACCGCGGCGCUGGUUGCGACGCACCACUGUAUGCAUUUGCUUGUUUCCUACAUACGACACACGAUCACGAUGAACCCAGAGGCACAGACAGAGGUAGAUGACUCGUGGAUCAGCUCGUUGCUCACAUUAGCGCCGUUUGUGCGCAUCGUGGAAUUCUUCUCCGCGGAGAUUGGCGAUGGGGGAAACCAAAGGUCACAGCGCAAAGACUUUAUGUAUAAUUUCUAUGCCGACAUGACGACGUAUGAAAAGGAUCAUAUGAAUUCCGUUGUUUUUGCACGCGCCUCGGCGCAGAACUUGCAUGGUUCGGUGCAGGAUAUUUGGUUCGCUGCUGCUGAGGCGGAGUUGAGGGCCCGACAAGCUAUUCCCCAUAAUGUUGAGCAUGUCUGGGUUUGGAAUGGCAUUCCAAUUGUUUUCGGGUGUCGCAAUUGCCAUCGCACGAGAGGUUGGCAGGCAUGA